AAGAAGAAGAAGAAGAAGAAGAAGAAGAUUUGACGUCAUUUCCUUAAUCCCCUGCGCCAUGCUAACAGCUUUAGCUAAUAUCCAAGAGAUCUAUUUCUAGAUAGCAUUAGAGACCUUUGUGUUGUUUCAGUUUCAGACAGAAGAACCUGUGUUUCUGCCACUCUAACUCACGGAAAGGAGCUAUUAUUAUCCCGGAAGUAGGGAGGGAGAAAGGAGAAAGCGUCGUGUUUCUCUGUUUGUUCUUUUGUUUUGUAGUAGGCUAACGUUAGCUCUGCUAGCUCAGGGUUAGCUUAACGUUAGCUGUGUUAGCUCAGGGUAAGCUUUAGCGUGUUAGCUCUGUGUCAGCUUAACGUUAGCUGUGUCUUAACAGCCUGACAUCUUAAGGAAAUCCACUCUAUGAUGAACUAACGUCUGCCGCUGCCCCGACAGACCGUGCGGAUUAGGGAUGCAGCCGGCGGAGAGAGGAGAGGCGACGGUGGAUGUGAAGUUCACCGAGCUACCGAGCGCCCUGAUAGCCUGUAAAGUCCCGCAGAGUCUGUUCAACGAAGGCGGCGUGAAGGCUGGUUUUGAGUCCUUGUUCCGGUCCUUUGACCCAGCGGUCCAGUUCCAGUACUUCAAGUCGUUCCGGCGUGCGCGGAUCAGUUUCAGCGAUGCUCCGGCGGCGGCCGAGGCCAGACUCCGCCUCCACAAGACGGACUUCAACGGCAAAGAGAUGAGACUGUACUUCGCCCAGUCGGUGCAUAUCGGGAGUCCUCGGCUGAUGCCUCCUAAACCAGAUAAACAGUUUCUGAUCUCUCCGCCUGCAUCGCCGCCCGUCGGCUGGGAGCAGUCCAACGACGCCAUGCCCGUCAUCAACUACGACCUGCUGUGUGCCAUCUCCAAGCUCGGGCCAGGGGAACAGUACGAGCUGCAGACGGCCACGCCCACCACGCCGAGUGUCGUCGUCCACGUUUGUGAGGACGAGCGUGGCGGCGACGCCUCCGCCCCUGACGACAGUGACCCCGACGAGCAGCCCCGCCCCCUGCGGCCGCGGAUCGUCCAGACGCGGCGGCCAGACUUCGGAGAGGAUCAGUGAGCAGCGCCGCCAGGGAGCGGAGAUAUUUCGUGGUGACGGAUGGAGAGGGGGAAACGCUCUGGCAGCCAGCGGCGUCUCGGACACCAAACAUUUCAUAUCCCCAGAGAAAAGUUAGAGACCCACGCUGCGUUCACAUCCCGGGGAAAGAGCAGAGGUAUGAACUUGGUCGAAGAGAACACGGUUGUGUUUAGCCUUCAGAUUAUUCGAGGAUGAAUUCUUUAAUUAGUUCAAAAUCUGCUGAAAAUAUGGAGAAGAUUCUGCUAAAAUCUAGGGGAAAUUCUGUUAAAAAUAUGGGGAAAAUACAGCUGAAAAUGUGCGUAUUUCUGCGUCUGCAGAUCGUGUUUCCCUGCUGAUGAAAUAAUAUGAGACAGAACUGAAGGAAAUAUUAGUUUUUGAAAUGUAGAAAAUAAUGUUAAGUGUAACGUUGUGAUUGUAGUUUUUAGGUAAAAUGGUGCUGGAGUUUAUUUUGAAAUGUGUCAUAACUUUGUGUUUGUGAGACGCUCAGCUGCAAAAACAAUAAAAUAAAGUCUGUACAAGAGCA